AUGGUGCCUGAUCAUUUGCUCGAGGGCCCGGACGUACCGAAUUCUGCAAAACGUUUGAUCAUGGCGGUUGACUUUGGGACGACGUACUCUGCCAUCGCCUAUGUUGCUCUUGAGGACGGUCAGUCGGGCGAUUAUCUCGCUGCGGCGGAUAUCCGUACCAUUCAGAACUACCCCGACGAUGCGACCUUCGGGAACCUGAACGACGAGAUGAGAAGCGAAGUGCCGACCGAAGUGAUCUACCCAUCGAACAGUAGCUUCCGCGUAAACGAAGGCAUGAGCGAAGGGUCAUCGGAGACUGAACACCAACUCGACGAUCCACCGGCUUCCAGCGAAGCGGCCCGAGACGGCCAGGACGAACAGAGCAGCUCGAGCAACCGGCUGGCUGUAUUUGGCAGCGAUCAGUACGACCGCGAUACGGAGGAGAUGUCUGUCGACGAGGACAACACAUUCCGCUGGGGCUACGGGGCUCACGAGGCAUGGGGCAGGUCUUCAACCCAUGUUGAUAGCCACCAUGCGCCUCUGGCUAGGUUCAAACUACUUCUCGACGACAGUCCCAGAACAGCAGCGGUUCGAGACGAGCUGAGUGUGACCGUCAACAAGCUGAAGAGAAAGAAGAUUAUCAUCCAAGACCAUCGCGAAGUCAUCGUCGACUUCCUGACCUGCCUCUUGCGACACGCAAGGUCUGAGUUGCAGAGCGCCGGGUAUGACGACAACUACAAGUUGGAGAUGGUCCUUUGUGUCCCGGCUAUCUGGACCCAAAAGGCUUGUCGGAUCAUGCAGACGGCAAUGGCCAAGGCCAUGAGGCAGGCUGGGCUUCCAGGUGUUGACGAGGACAACAGUAUCAAAGAUCUCUUCAUUGUCUCCGAACCGGAAGCAGCAGCUGCGUUCGUCUUGGCCGAGUCCCGCGAUAUAUCGAGAAUGCUAACGAACCGAACAAAUAGCCAGGAGACACUUUUGUGUUGUGGCCUUUACGGAUCCAGUUAUAUCAAUGAAGGUUUCCGUGCUCUGCUUCGAGACCUCCUCUCUGGCGAGACGUACCUCGAGACCGACGAUAUGACGAUCAAUGGUUGGAUCGAGAAAAUCAUGGUGAACGACUUCGAGUACAGAAUCAAACGGACUUUCGACUGCUACUCUGCUAAACGCCACAAGUCGUUUGAUGUCCCCGGCCUGCGCGCCAACCCGGAAAAGGGAUUCAGGAGAGGCAGCGUUCAGAUCCCAGAGAUCUUCCUCGGGCGGCUGGAGGGCAUCGGGUCGGUCAUGGAGGAGCAGAUUGACAAAGCGUUUGCUGCGGACACCAGAGUCACGAAAGUUCUCCUCAUUGGCGGAUUCGCAGCUUCUGUCUCACUGCGUCGAUAUAUCGCUGAUCGUCUCGUGGACUUCUGUCACAAGAAGAAUUAUCCUUUACCACAGCUACUUCAUCCGCCCAACACCGCCACUGCAGUAGCUCGCGGUGCUGUUCUCCGCGCCUUCGACAAGGAGCGUGGCCCCCGAAGAUUCGCACGAUCUAGCUACGGUGUUCUGCGAACCGAGGAAUGGGAAGCCUUUCCCGAACACAGAGACGGGGGCAAAAAGUCGUAUGACCGUCAUGACGGUCAGCCCUACGCGGUUGGCACCGUGGACUGGGUACUCAAACUGGGCCAAGAGGUGGAUCCAGUCUGGACCUGCCGCCCCUUUCUGUGCAACCACACAUUCGACUGCUUUCCUGUGCGGGACCUGGUCUGCAAAGAAGUUCUUUACCUGGGCCAUCCCAACAAUGCGGGCGCAGAAGUAGUGGGGGAAAUCGUGGUGGACUUCUCUUUCCUCCGCACCGAGGGCCUGAUACAGCCCAUCGACGGCGGAUUCAAUAAGAAAGGCAAGCGGGUCGGAAGGCGACACUACCGGGUGACGUACACCAUGGUGAUCAAGGUCGUAGACCGCGACCUGCGAUUCAGGAAGAAGUGCAAGAUCAACAUCGCUUCUGGCUUCUUGCCGGGAGUCAAAUAG